CAUGCUCAACAAAUGAGUGCAGAAGAAAGGACGAUGUGGCAGUUUACCGUAACAGCUGAGGCUUUGAUAACAUACACAUAACAUCACGCUUAGCCUCUUUUUCUCUCCCUUCUCUCUAAACCUCUCACUCUCUACAUUUGGCGGGAGGCAGAGGCGCCCCACCCCACCCCCCCCCCCCUUCUCUCUCUCUUUCCCUCCUUCUCACCUCUUCCGCUUCUCCUGUAUCUUCGUUUUUGUUUCUUUUCUUAUUCACAAAACUGAUCGGCACUGGUAACGAGAUGGGCAGCGGCAGUGGCUCUGGUGGAUGAUGGGAUCUCUACAUUUCCGAUUUCUCCUGGCCGUUUAUGGGGGCCGAAGUGGCGGUUUCUCGGCAAUUGCUAUUGGGGUCAUGGACGUUUCGACGAGGUUGGUGAUCUGGUAUGGUUCUCACGGUUUCCGUCUUGUCCCUCUUCCCUUCCUUUUUUUCCAACCCCAUACCCUCUGUCUUUUGGGUUUUUUCUCACUGAAUCUCUCCUUGUCGCCCCCUUUCUCAGCCGUGCUCUCUUUCCGUUUAAAUCUCCGGUCAGUCUUUCAUUGCAUGUCUCCUUGUCUCCCCCUUUCUCAGCCGUGCUCUCUCUUUCCGUUUCAAUGUCUGGUCAGUCUUUCUCCUGGGUGGUCCGUUUUUGGCCCAACGGCAAGGUGGAUCUGGUGGAUUGGGCGACAUGAUCAGCAUGGCUCCCCCUGUGGUCACUAUUGCGUGCCUUGGUCCUUGCCUAACGGUAUGGUUGAGCUUACGCGGCAGUUUUUAGUUGUUUUGUAUACCGUUUUGUCUCUCAGUUGGGGUGGCCAAUUGCGGCUUGGUGGUUGUCAGAGGCGGCUGUUAGGUGGUGAUGGUGGUUUUCUGUUUGUUUUGAUGGGCGGCGGUUUUGGGUGGCUAUGUUUGAAGAGUUCCGAAAGUUUAGGCUUAUGUUUUGGAUUUUCUUGGGCUGGGCCUAGCUCACUCUGGUGGGUUAGGUUUCUUUUAUGUGCUUUUUUUUUUUUUUUUUUAAUGUUAAGUUAGGGUUCACUUUGUUAUGUAUUUGUUACUUAGGAGUAUAUUUGUACUUUUACUCUUGUCCAUAUAAAUACAAAGUAUGAGAGAGAGAAACCUAAUUUUGGGUUGGCUCUCCUUUUCCCCCCAAUUUCACAUGGUAUCAGAGCGAUACCUGGAGACUCUUGAAGACGAUCAGCAUCCAUCUCGUUGACCUUUACCCAUCGAUCGGUAAGGCUGGAUGAUGAAGACCCAGUACUCGCCGAACACCUACAACCACUUUCCGACACUGUACGACUACUCCUGACGCCGUACGACUCUCGUUGACCUUCACCCAGCCUUUUCGUACUUAUACGAACUGGUUCGUAUCUUCUGGGUUCUCUCGUUGUAGCAGCACCACAACACAUCUACGAACCUGCUGUUCGGUUUUCUGACCACCAACAACCACCCUGAGCCUCGCCGGACCUACACCGGCCUUUCGGACCUUCACUGGACCUCCGGCAACUUUACCCAGUCGAUUUCGUUGAGGUUUCAAGCCUAUUCCAACAAGACCCAGCCUGUUCAAGCUCCUUUCAGAGCUUCUUUUGCUGCCUUGACUGCUGGAACAGUGCUAAGAGCUUGUGGGUACUCGUUUUGCCUUUUUGCUGGUUUGCGGGUGCUGGAAUCUCUGUUUUUUAGGGUUGUUUUCUGCUGGGUGACAUUUGUUUGCCGCUACUGUUGUGUUUUGAGACUGUUUAGAGUUGCAUUUACUGGUUAUUGUCUGCUUUGCGUUGUUAUUCCUCUGUUGAUAUGUCGGAGGAUCCUAAAACUGCUUCCGCUAGUGCCAAAAAUGAGUUAAGUCAUGUUGAGACUCUAGAUAACUCUCCUCUUGAUAUUUUUCAACCAACAACUGCUGGACCAGAACUUGAGACUUGGAAAUCACAAAAUGCUUUGGCUAUGACUUGGUUAUUCAACUCUAUGAUAAAUACUAUUCGUCAUACCUUCUUGCUUCUGGACACUCCAUAUACGGUUUGGAUUACUGUGGCACAAACCUAUUCCCGGAAGGGUAAUGAUGCCCAAGCUUUUGAGUUAAUGAAGAGACUUAGGGGAUUGGAUCAACACAAUCAAUCCCUUGCUGUGUAUUAUGCUAAGUUGAGAGGAGUGUGGCAAGAACUUGAUUAUUAUCGAGCCUUUCAAGCUGUUUGCACUGCUGAUGCCACUACAUUUCAUGAGAUGGUGGAGAAGGAGCACAUUUAUGAUUUUCUUGCUGGCCUUGACAUAGAAUAUGAUCAGAUUCGAGUGCAGGUGCUAGGCCAGGUUCUUUUUCCUACUCUUGGAGAGGCCUAUGCAUGUGUUCAACAGGAGGAGAGUAGACAAAGUACGAUGGUUCAUCCUCCCAUUCCGGAUCGCUCUGCCUUAGUUGACAUUCCCUCUCUGUAAGGACCUGUAUUUUUCGGAUAUUAUUUAAAAGUUUUAUAAAUGUUAGAAAUUGAGGAAAAUGUGAAAUCUAUUGAGUUUAUUUGAUUUGGGGUUAAUGUGUUAGGAUUGCUAUUUGAGGGAGUGCAAGUGUGUUUUGUGUGUGUACUAGUAUAAAAAGGUGUGUGUGUAUGUAGGAGAUCAAAUUCUCCCAUCCCACUCUCUCUCCAUCUCUCUCUCGGCUCCCUCUCACUCUCUUCCUCUCUCACUCAAAAAUCCACCAAAACCCAUACAAACCUACCUCCAAUUGACCUUCUACCCACAUUGUUGAGCUUGAAUUUUGUGGGUUUUGGUCGGAGGAAGAGGAUUCGGUUGAUUUUGAAGUUUUCGGAGUCUAGGGCUUGAUCAAAUCGCGUGGGUUUCGAUCCUUGACAUGAGGUAGGGAUUUCUUACUCUUGUUAUGAGUUUAUGUGAUGAUUAUGUGCCUAAAUCGUGCUUUAGUUCGUUGGAUUUCAACUUUGUGCUCAUUCUUGAUUUUCUGCAAAAUCACCCACUGUAAUGCAUUGGUACCGAUACCUACUUUUUGAGGUACCAAUACCUUAGUACCGAUACCUACUUUUUGAGGUACCGAUACCUUGAUCUCUAAUUGCUCUCUGGAUUGGUUUGGUACGGAUACCUAUGUUUUGUGGUAUCGGUACCCAGUGCUCAAAACACAGUUUUGAGAAUGUUGAAUCCCAUUUGAUUGUAUUUACUCUCGAUCACUUCUAACACACUCUAAAUAUUAUCAAACCAUCCCUAAACUUGAUUACUCGGGUUCCAAAGAUUCGUUGAUCGUUCAAAUCCCUUCGAAACUCGUUGAACGUAAUCUUAGUACCGUUGUGAAUGGAAAUUGUACAGUAAGGUUGUUUAGGUGUACCGUAGGUUAUAUGAGGCGUUGUGGUGAGUGUGAUGAGUCAUCGUGAGUUUGGCUAGUGAUCCGAAAGGUAACUUAGUUUCUCGUGUCCUUGUGAUUUCAUCUUGUUGAUCACCCUAAACUCCUUGAGCUCUUGUUUCAUGAGAUUCAAGCAUAGAGGCUAGUGGUUAGCGAGUCAUAAAGUUACUUAUGAGUUUAGCACAUUGUGUAGAAUGUGGUGUUAUACUCGGGAAAGAAUGUGAACUUGGGAAAUGUUGUCUUCUUGUGUAUGAGUUAAUAAUGCAUGUGUGUAUGUGUGAGUUGAGAAUUUUGAAUUGAGGGUCCUGCAACACAAGAUGUGGUAAUGCGGAGACUCUAGAGGGCCCACAAUGCAAGGUGUGGUAAUGCGGAAACCCAGGUGAAGAGAAUUCACUGUAACGCAAGGUGUGGUAAUACAGUUGAAUGUCUCAAAUGAUGAAGGGAAUUAUGAUUGACUUUUGAAGUUCAUGUCGUUGUUUGGAUUGUUUACUGCUUGAGAUUGUGACCGUUAAAGAAAGAGAUAAACGAUUGAUUCUAUCGAAGUUUUCAAAAGAAAGGAAUUUGGUUUUGGAAUCCAACGGUAUUCCUGAGCGAAUCAACGGUUUCGGUAUUUGGGCACAAAUCAAUGGAUUCCAGCUAUUCAAGCUCAAAUCAACGGAAUUUUGCCAUUAAAGGUCAUGUAUUUCUGUACAUUACAUCUAUUUGAAAACAAAAAUGAACUUUUUAUUAUGAAGGAUUAUGAUGAUGGAUGAAACGGAUUUGAUGACGAGUGAUAAAGAAAUGAGAAAUGAGAUUUUGGUGACGAUAUGGAAAAUGAGAAUGAUAAUGGUUUAGGCUUGGCAAUGAUUUGAUAGAUCCUUCAUAUAGGAUGUCUAGAAUCUCUUGAUCUUAGCGAGUGAUUGUCAUACGUACCUUGGGCAUAACCGUCAUAGUUCUCUCACUCUGGAUGCAUAACUCAUUAUAUUUUCUUAUAACUUGUGUAUAGAUUUCUCUACUGGGCUAGUGUAGCUCAACCUAUCAUUUUCAGGUACAUUGCAGGUCACUGUCAUGGAAUGCUUGGAGUACAUGCUAUUGUUACCGAUUAAAGCUAUUUUCGAAGAAUACUUGUCUAUCUUUGUGAACUAAAUUACAUGGUAUUGUAUUUCUAUUGUGGAACUUUGCAAUUUAUUGGGCAAGUUUGUGGAAUUGGGGACUGAAUUAUCUUUUGGGCUAUUAAUUGUAACUCCUGUGAGGAUUUAAAUCAUCAAAUGUUAUAAUUAUUUAUGUUUAAAAUCGAGGGCGUGACACUCUCCAUGGGAUAUUAAGUAUAAUUAAGGUCAAAUUGGUGAUAAAAGUGGCUCAGUUGAUAAGGAAUUGCUUUGGUGUGACUAUUGCAACAAAACCAGGCAUACGAGGGAAUUUUGUUGGAAGUUGAAUGGUCGUCACUCUCGUGGACGAGGCAGUGGUCGAGACGGCGCAGUGAUUUAAAAAGCGCGUGAAGCGCGCGCUAUAGCGCGAAGCGCAGCGCAGCUCAGCUUCUGCGCUUCGAAGAGAGGCGCUAUAGCGGAGAACAUCAAGGCGCACGUUAUGGCACAAGGCGCAGAGGCGCACGCCUUUUGUUUUUGAUCCAAAAAUUGAUCCAACGGUGCAAAUUUUGCAGAAAAUAGACGCAAUGCACUGAAUAAUUUUGGCUUUUAAGUCUGAUUUCAACCCUAAUCGGCUAAUCGAUCAAAGACGAUACCUACCCAGCACCAGCAGAGCAGCUUCAGCAACAGGCGAUCGACGAUCGAUCGAGAUUACAGCUUCCGGCUUCACUCUUCAGCGAGGUAACCUCCUCCGAUCCUCCUCCUCUUCCUCCUCCAGUCCUCCUCCGGCGACAUCUUCUGGACCUCUGGUUCUUCUUCUUUCUUCUUCUUCUUCUUCUUCUUCCAGUCCUGGGCAAUUUUUUCUUUUUUCUUCCUCCUUUUUUUCAGUCGAUUAUGUCGACUGUUCCUCUCUCUCUCUUUUUUUUUUUCAGUCGAUUCUUUUUUUUUUUUCAUCUUCUGGAGUCUGGACCACUGUUUCUUUUUCUUUUUCUUUUUUUUUUUGUUUCUUUUUCUUUUUCUUUUUCUUCCUCUUUUUCUUUUUCAUUAUGUCGAUUAUGUGUUCAUGGUAUGAUUAUCCAGUGGGCUAUUUCUUUUUCUUUUUUUACAUCCUGGCUCCUGGACAAUUUUUUUUGUUUCUUACUAGGCCAGUGGGCUGUUCCACACUUCCACUGUUUGUUUUUUUUUUUCCAGCAGCUAUAUGUGUUUAUGGUAUUAUUUGUACUUGUUAAUUGUAGAUGACAUCUGAAAAUUCUAGUAAAAAAGACCCUGGUUGGAAGUAUUGCGAAAAGGUUGAUCCACACAAUAUACCAAGUUGAAAUGUAUAUUUUGUAACGAAGUGAAAAAUGGGUGUGUCAAGAAUCAAGCAACACCUUGCAGAAGGAGCUAAAAGGAAUACAGCGGCAUGUCGCUGAUGCCCACCUGAAGUUAGAGAGGAGAUGAGGGAGUUUAUACGUAAAAGGGAUGAAGCAAAUAGUCAAAUUAAGUCUAUACCAGAUUUUGAUGAUGCAAUGAAUGAUGAUGAUUAUGACCUGGACUUGGACGAUGAUAUUAUUGAAUCCAAUCCCCGUUCUCAGAAAUCUUCUACUCAUGGAAGCACAGCCUCUGCAUCUAUUCAUUCUAAGCCUAAGAAACCAAGAAACAUAGGGCCUCUCGACACUUACUACACUCCUGAACUAGAGGUGGUGGUGGAAAAUAAGAAAGUCAAGGGCAAACAGCCAAAAAUUGAUGAGAAUGAACCAUAUAAGAAAAUAUUAAAAGACCGAGCUCAUCAAGCUAUUGCAAGGUGGAUAUAUGAUUGUGGGAUACCUCUAAAUGUUGUGAACAAUGAUAGUUUUGCGCCAAUAAUAGAGGCUAUUGGGCAAUACGGUCCGGGUUUGCCCCCACCAACUUAUCAUCAAGUGCGAGUUCCUCUUCUAAAAAAAGAGGUAGAACAUGUUAACAAGUUGAUGGAGGAGCACAAAAAGGACCAGGAACAAUAUGAGUGUACGCUAAUGAGCGAUGGGUGGACUGAUAGGAAAAAUAGAACAUUGAUGAAUCUUUUGGUGAAUUCUCCGAGAGGGACCAUGUUUUUGAAAUCUAUGGAUGCGUCUGGAAUUGUAAAGGAUGCAGAAAUGAUAUAUGAAUUGCUUGAUGGGUGGAUGGAGCAUAUUGGAGAAGCAAACGUGGUUCAAGUUGUUACGGAUAGUGCCGCGGCAAAUGUGGCGGCAAGGAGGUUGUUGGAGGCAAAACGACCUCACUUGUUUUGGUCUCCGUGUGCUGCCCAUUGCUUGGAUUUGAUGUUAGAAGACAUUUUUAAGUUACCAAAUUUGAAGACAACUUGGGAAAGGGCAAUAAUGAUUCAUGGUUAUAUGUAUACUCGAUCCUCUUUGUUGAAUAUGAUGAGGCAAUUUACCCAGAGGAAAGAGCUCGUUAAGCCGGCAAAAACUCGAUUUGCAACCGCUUUUUUGACUUUGCAAAGGGUUUAUGAACAAAAGGGAAACUUAAGGAAGAUGUUUACUUCAGAGAAGUGGACCAAUAGCAAAUGGGCAAAAGAGCAAGGAGGAAAAGAUGUAGAAAAAAUCAUGUUGAUGGCCUCAUUUUGGAGGAAUGUGCUCCUUGCCCUCAAGUUCGCAUCCCCACUUGUUAAGGUACUUAGAUUGGUUGAUGGAGAAGUCAAGCCUCCAAUGGGAUACAUUUAUGAGGCUAUGGAUCGGGCUAAAGAAACUAUUGCAAAUUCUUUCAAUCAAAAUAAGGAGAUGUAUGAUGAGGUCUAUAAGAUAAUCGACAAGAUGUGGGAAUCCCAAUUGCAUCGGCCUUUGCAUGCAGCUAGUUUUUACUUAAAUCCUGAAUUUUUUUACAAAGAUUCAGAGGCUUGCAAAGUUCCAAAAGUCAUUGGAGGCCUAUACAAAUGUAUCACAAAGUUGAUUCCCAAUAUUGCUACACAAGACCUUAUUUGUGUCGACUUGAUGAAGUAUGAGAGAGCUAAAGAACUCUUCGAUAACGCAAUGGCAAAGAGGCAAAGAAAUACAAGGGCACCAGCUGACUGGUGGGCCUCAUUUGGUCAUGACACUCCCGAAUUGCAAAACUUUGCCGUCAAAGUUCUUAGCCCUUACUUGUAGUUCCUCGGGAUGCGAGCGUAAUUGGAGUGUCUUUGAGCAUGUGAGCAUAUGAUAAUCAAGUUCAUUCAUUGACUUCCUUUAGUUAUGUAUGAUCAUGAAUUUAAGUCCCUUGUAUAAUUAAUUGUUAAUGCAGAUUCACACAAAAAAAAGGAAUAGACUAGCUCAAAAGCGUCUCAAUGAUUUGGUAUUUGUCAAGUACAAUAGAGCAUUGAGACGCUGAUACCUCAAACAUGAUCGCAUUGAUCCUAUAUCCUUGAAAGAUAUUGAUGAGAGCAAUGAAUGGUUGGUUGGGAAGACGGAGGAAGAAGCUGUGUUUGAGGGUGGUGAUUUGAAUUGGGAUGAUGUUGCUUUAGCUUCUGGAGCCGAAGAACCAAGGAAAACAACUAGAGUAUCAAGUUCAAAGUCAACAGACUCAACACCUAUCGCGAAAAUGGCAAAACCAACUCCAAAGGCUAAGACUUCAAAAGGAAAGACAUCUCUUAUAGAUGAGGUAAUUGAAGAGGGAGAAUGGGAGACGGAUGAUGAGGAGGAGGAAGAUGUGGAAUGAUAUAAAUCAGAAUCAUCAGAUGAUGAUGAAAUUGAGGAUGAAGUUCUUGGUUCUGAGAAUGAUGAUCAAUGUCUAUGCAUGACUCUUGAUUUUAUUGCCUUUAAUCCUUUUGUUACGUCUCUCAGGCUAAACAUUACUCCCUCCAUCCCAAAUUAUUUGUCCGGUCCGUAAAACGAUAACUUAAAAAAAAUGCAAAUUUUUAAAGAAAAAAUUCAAACUUUUUUCACAAAUUAAUAGAACUUAUUGACAUCUAGUAAGUUGUUAAAAAAAUUUUAAAUUUUUCUUGCAAAAAUCGUAUUAUUUUUAAGACUCCGUUUUGCGGACCGGACAAAUAUUUUAGGACGGAGGGAGUAUUAUACUAGCUUUUCAUGGAUGAUAUGUUAUGUUUCGUGUUUGGUACUUUCGUUUAACCAUUGACAUGUUAUAUUUUAUGACAUUUGAAAGUUUUACAAGUGUUUGUUUGUGUUGAAAACUUGUUCUAAUAAAAUUUGCCUCAUUGUGAAGGAAAUUUUU